AUGUCGCUCGAAGCCUCGGAGGGCAGCGCGGCCGUUCCCGCGUGGCUCCUCAACCGACAGCACGCGAAAGCAAUCGGCGAGGCGUCCAGGAAGAAAGCCGCGGAGGCAGCUGCUGAGCGCGAAUCGACGAGGCGCAAGGCGCCUGCGUCCAAGUUGGAAAAGGAAGCCACGCUAUCGCAGUACCCGAGCAUUCCGCUGUCAGAAUACGCGUCCGACGGCGACCACCUCGCCAUCAACGCUGACUUCCCGGGGCUGCGUGCGAUCCAUAGAGACCCUUGGAUCUUCCUCGUGAGCGAUCUGCUUAGUCGCGCAGAGUGCGAGGAGCUGAUGGUCAAGGCCGGCCCGCACUUCCAGUCCAGCAGCGGGUACUCCAACAACUUCCGGACCAGCUGCGAGUGCCGCGUCGCGAGGCACGAGACGCAGCGCCUGCACGCCCGGUAUGCCAAGCUGCUCAACGUGCCCGUCGGCAGCCUGGAGGCCGCCAAGGUGUCACGCUACCGCCGCGACGAGUUCUUCAGAAACCACGUCGACGUCCUGUCGGGCACCGACUUCCUCGAGAACCGCAUCGCGACGCUGUUUGUCUACCUCAACGACUGCGAGGCUGGCGGCGAGACGCGCUUCCUGUCGCUGCCAUCGCAGCGCUCUCUCGAGUACGCGGUGGGCGAGAAGGUUUGUUGCCUGUCAACGGGGCGGGAUGUGGAUGGGGAGGGCGACUACCCCGGCGUCAUCAGGGCGGUGCUGGAGGACGGCAGCGUGGACGUCGACUUUGACGACGGGGAUGAGGUGGCGAGGGUGCCACGCAGCGCGGUGCGAGCCUACGAGACGCUGGAGGUUAAGCCUGCCCAGGGGAUGGGCGUCCUGUUCUUCCCUGGGUACCUGCCCUCGUCGCCGAAGGCCAUGCGGUUCCGCAACCAGCUGGACCGGUAUACGGUGCACGAGGGCUGCGUCGCCGUCGACGAGAAGUGGGUCCAUCAGAGCUGGGUGUGGCCAAGCCACCCGCAGGCGCACUACGAUGGAGUCGAGACGGGAGCCGUGGGGCUGUGA